AUGAAAAAGAUAAUUAACAAGACAAAAAUGCGCCAAAAAUGGAUUAAACUUGCAAAAGACAAUAUCAGGACAAAUAGAAUCGAAACAUACAGAAAAUCCUUUAGAUUAGCACUCUUAUUUGAUAUUUUGCAAGAACGGACCAUUAGAAUUUCAUUCAAAAAAUGGCAUGCAACAUACAUGUGGAAGAUGUUUACAAGAAAUCUCUUACAGAAACAGUUCAAGAAGCAAUGCAACGUAAUAUUAGAUCACCAAAAGAAAGAAAAUAAGAAAGUAUUACAGAAAAAAUGGCAGAAUCUAACAAAUCUAAUUACAAAACAAGCAAAAUGCGAUAAUAUAAUCGAAGGAUUAUCGUUAUUACAAAAUAAAAAUUUGCUUCUUGAUCAUUUCACAGAAUGGAAAGAGAAAUCACAAACAGCAAUAGAUCGAAAUCAUGAGCAGUCGGACAAAUGGAAAUCUUUAGUUGAUAAAUAUACAAAAUUCGAAAGAUUAGAAGAAUUCAAGUAUCAACGAGAAAGAUUAGACUUACAGAACAAUUGGAUAGACUUGGCACAAUUACUGACAAGAAACAAUCUAAUUCACACUUGUAUCAAAGAAAAAUCGAGAAUUUUUUGGGAACAAUUUACAGAUGAUAUGCUAUACUUCGAAAGAAAGCACCAGGUACAAGCAGCAGCAACUAGGUUGAAAUUACUCAGAAAAUGGCGACAGUACAGGGAAAUUUUAUCAAAAAUACAAUUCCAUAAAGAAGUUCAACAUCAAAUGAAGAGGAGUUUAUUAGAAGACCAAUUCAAUCAGAUGGUAAGAAAGAAUACACUCUUCAAUCGUCAAAAAAUGCUUCUUGAAGCCAAAGAUGAAUUAGAUUGCGAAAGAGAACGUGAAAAAUUAGUUCAAAAGAGAAAUAACUACUUCUUACUAUGGAAAGAGAAGACAAUUAUGAGUCAGAAAUGUCAUGAAGUAGCUAAAAUCAUGUUUGAAGAAAAAUAUGAUAAAAUUUACCAAACAAUUGUUGAAAAUGCAGCCAGAACUAUCCAAAAUUGGUUCAGAAAAGCAAACGAAGAAAGAAAAAUCAGAAAACAAAUCAAAACAAAAUAUUUCAGAUUAUGGCGAAAUUUGCCACGUAAACUUAUCAAAAAUUUCGUUGUUUUUCCUCAAGCAAGUUUACGUGUCAAAAAAUUACCAAUCAAAUUUGAUAUUUUACCUAAUUUCGUAUCAAUUCCGAAACCAAAUGUUUCUUUGCGGUUUGUCAACGAUAAAUUAACCGUUUUAGACAAACAAAGUCAAAGAAUUGUUGAAACAGUCACAAAAACAGCCGCAAAUCAAAUUUCUCUAAAAAUACCAAACUUUACAAAUAGAGAUAAAUUGAAGCCUUUGUUUGCUGUUUCUAAAAGAGGUAUUGAUAAAAGAAUUGAACAGAAAAUCAAUGAAAAGAAAUGUCAAAUCAUCAGCCAAGAAAUCGAUUUUGAUUUCACAAAUAUUUUUGACAAAUUUGAUUUACAAAAACCGCUCCAAUUUAUCACACCAUUUCCAAAGAUCAAAAAUCUUGAUAAACGUUUGUUAAACAGGAUUUCAAGAUUAGCUGCAAUCAAGGAAUUAAAGAAACCUGAUUUCUCGUUUAUCAAUGAUUUCAUCAAUGUAAAUCAUUUGUCAAACAAAAUGUCUGUUGAAUCAAAUAUGCCAAGCAACAAAAGACAAAGAAGAAGGUCACUUUUGGCAGUUAAUAAUCACAUCAAAAAUUUGAUGAAAAUUGACAAAAACGAUUUAACUGUCAAAACCGUCGAACCGUUUACAAUUUUCGGCAAACAACGGUUUAUUCCAUUUGUUGACCAACAAUAUGAAAUCUGUCAAACGGUUUUGCCAAAAAUUGACACUUUGUUUUCUGAUUUAAUUUCCGAAAAUCCAAUUGAAAGAUUUACAAAACGUCCGAACAUUAACUAUUCAUUACCACAGAAUUUAGUGGAGGAGAUGACCAAUUCCGUUGAUUUUGACACUUCUAUUUUUACAAAAAUUUUUCCAAAAAGUGUCAAAAAUAUUGAGAAUUAUGUCGAUUUUAAUAUUAAUGAUUUACACGAAAAUGACAUCAAAGAUGUACAAAAUCAGAUAUCUUUAGAUCUAGAUGUCAAUUUCGGAAUUAAUUUAGAUAUAAUGUUUUUGAAGAAUUUUACUCCAAAAAUCAAAAUUCCUUAUUUUUAUACAAAUUAUUUAUUUGAUUUAGAUUUAGAAGAACUCGAACAAACUAACAACUCUUUGAGUUCAUUACAACCUCGUUCUAGUCCUUUGAUAGAAAAGAAAGUUGAAGAAAUAGAAGAUAAAAUAGACAUCACUUUAAGAGAAGAUUAUUUUGUCAACUUGAAACCAAUAACUUUCAUUCACGAAGAACAUCAAAUUCAAAAUUACGAUGAAAAUGAUUUGAUAGAUUUGAAUGAGCUAUCGUUAAGUGAAGUGAAGUCAAAUAUUCACAUGAAAGAAUUUGAACAAAAGCCAUAUCCUUCUUUCAUCAAAGACUUAUCUGGUGUUGAAUAUGAUUUCACAAAUCCUGAAUUUUCAAUUGAAAACAAAAAUUCACUUUUCAAUUUAACAAAAGUUUCAGAACCAGAAUUAACUGUUGAAGAAAGACUUAUCAAAAAAGUUUUAGAUGAUGUUAUAAUUAGAGAAGAUUUUGUUGUUCCAACAGAACCAAUAAAUUGCUUAGAAGAUUUUAAGAAGAUUGAAUUAGUUCAAACAAAUUCAGAUAAAAUCAUUGAAGAAGAUUUUCUUUUUGAUUAUGAUUUCUCAAGAAUUCCAAAUAUAAUAGUUCCAAAACAACAAGAAAUUGGCUUUGCAAAAGAAACAGUUCCUUCUAUUUUAGAUGAUUCAAAUGAUGUUAAAUAUAAACUAAAAUUAAGUUUGGAAAUUGAACAAAACAAAUUUAAUUUGAUGAAUUUCCAAAAAGAUUAUGAUGAUUUCGAUGUUUUGGAUGAUGCAGAAAAUGUUCAAGUAGAUAUCCAAACUAAUUUUGAUGACUUGGAAUUAAAUAACACAUUACAAUUCUAUGAGAAAUCAUAUAUUUCACUUAAUAGAGCUGAUUCUGUUUCUUUUGUUCCAAAACUUUCAAAUUUCACACCAGAUUUGAAAGGAAAAAUAAGUCCAUUAUUAUCUUUGACAAACAACCCAAGGUUAGAACAUCUUAAACAGAGAGCUGGCAAUACAAUAAACUCUCAAAAGAAUAUCUGUAAUAUUGAUUUAAUGAUUCCUGACAUUUUGCCAAAUUACAAUUUACAAAAUUUUGUUUUACAAAAGAUCAAUGAACAAGAAACGGAAUUUUCUUUUGAAUUCCCUGAUUUCAAUCAUCUUUCAUUAUCUAGAAACAACUUAAUUAACUAUGAAAGAGAAGAGGUUCCAUUUGAAACAACAGAUUAUGAGAUCAAUGAUUUAGAUUUACAAGAAAUUAUUUUUGAUAGAAAUAGUUUAUUGUCAAUUUCAAGUGACAAUAAAAUAGAGAAAUUUGAAAAAGAAGCUGAAGAAAUUUCAGAAAAAGAUGAAGUUUUAGAAGAUAUUUUGGAGAUUUUGCAUAUUCCUAAUAUCAAAACUAAUAAUCUCCUGCCAAAUUAUGAAAAAGAGUUCUACGAAUAUCAAUCAACUGAUUACGAAAUUCCAGAAAUCAGUUUUGAUGAUUUGGAAUUUGUAGAUUUGUCAGUUUUACAAAAUUUGACAAUUUCUCAAAUUCCUUUGACAUUUUCUGAAGAAGUUAAAUACGAUGAUAAUUUAAGAUGUGAAAUAGAGAUAGAUACAAUGAAACCAAUUAAAGAUUUCUCACCAAUAGUUUUAUCCGAGAAAAAUGAAAAAGAUGCAAAAGAAAUUUCGUCAAAAAUCUUUGUUAAUUUACACAUUCCUGAUUUGUCAAAGAAAUAUUCCAUAUUCAACUUCGAAAGAGAACAGAUCAAUGAACAAAAUGCAGAAGAAUAUGAUGUUGAUUUGGAUUUACAAGAAAUUAAAAUCAAUAACACUCUUUUGCACUUAACAAAGUCAUAUAAACCAAAACAAAAGAUUUCAUUCAUUAAAUAUGAUACAGAUCUUUGUUUGGAUCUUAGCAAAAACAAAUUUAGUUUAGAUAAUUUAGGUCCAAUUCCAAAAUCAGCCAAAAUUGAAAAAGAAUCAAAAGUAAUCUCCAACAUGAUCAAUUUCGAUUUCAUUAUUCCUAAUUUGUUUGAUAAGAAGUCUUAUGUUAAUUUCACUAAUUUCGGAAAAGAAGAAAAAGAUUUUUAUCAAUACACAAAUGUUGAUUUUGAUUUUGAUUUCAAUAGUUUACAAAUCUGUCACGUUUCAAGUUUAUUAAACAUGAAGAAAUGCAAAUUACCAAAAAUUAAUGUCUCUUUCAUAAUCCCAGAUGAUUUCCAAUUAGAUUUCACUUCGAUUCCAAUGAUUUCAUCAUUAUUUGUUUUAGAAAAUUUGACUCCAAUUCAGAAAAGUGACAAAAUCGAAAAAGACGUUAAAGAAAUUUGUCAAAAUCAAAAAUUAUCGAAAUCAAUUACAGACAAACUAUUUAUUCCAAAUCUAUUUAAUCGAAGUAAUUUCGAUAGUUUUUCAAAUGAAAAAGCACCAGAACAAACAACAAAUUAUAAUUUCCAAGAAGAAUUAAAUGAUUUAGUUCAUUUUAGAACAAAUAUUUUCGAUUUUAGGAAAGAAAUGAUUCCUCUUUCAUUAGCUAAUGAAGUUUUUGUAAAUUAUGACUUCGCAAAUGAAGAUAUUUCCAAACUUGAUUUCACAUCACUUUUCAAUUUCCAACCUAAACCUUUGAUUCAGAAAUUCAUCAAUGAUUCAUUGGAAAUUUCUAAGAAUUAUCAACCAAUUUUGUCAAUUCCUUUGUUUGAUAUCAAGAAAUUGACCAUUUCUGGACCAGUUCGACCAAAUAUCAAUCAAGAAUUCAUUAAUUCUACUUCUAAAUCCGUUUAUGAUGAUUUUGACUUUGAUUUACAAAAACUUGACAGUUCACUUUUGUUAAAACCGCUUGAUAAUGCAGUUUUAUUUCAAGGAGAAUUUAAUUUACCAGAAGAACUUAUUCCUAACAAUUACCUGAGAAGUAUCAACCAAUUAAUUGUUCCUCCAAUGAAAACAAAGAUUUUAGAACAUUUUAUUUUCGAAGAAAUUCCAGAAUACGAAGUUAAAGUUGAGAAUCACGAAAUAAUUCCUGAUUUACAAGAAAUUAAGAAAGUUUCUAUUUAUCCAUUGAAUGCAUUAGUUCCACGAAAGCCAAGACCAUCAACAAUAAGAGAACAGUUCAUUUUAACAAGGAAUUUUGUUACUUUGCUUUCGAGAGAUUUAACAAUGGAUGAUUUAGAAAAGAAACUAAAUAUUUUUGAUACGAAUUUGAGGCCAGAACGAAUCCCAACGAAACUUGCAGAUGAGAUAUCAGAAAUGAUUGAUGUCAAGCUUAUUCUACCUAAAUUAGAAUUCAUUAUGCCAUUCAAUUCCUUUGACAAACCAUCAAUCAAAGAAUUUGAAGAAAUUUAUGAUACAAAUGACAUUUUUGAUAUCAAUUUUGAUGUUUCUAACGAUUUAGAAUUGACAAGCACAUCCGCUUUAGUUGAUUUUAAUUUAAGUGAUGUUAAAAUGACAGAAGAAAUUGCAGAAGAAUUUUCAAAUGAUUUCAUUUUGGAUUUGUCACUUUUCGAUCUUAAAUUUGACACUUUAGCCUCGUUGAAUUCGAUUCCUAAGAAAGAAGAUCCAGAUCUUUCUAAUUUGCUUAAUUCCAUGACAGUUUCUGAUCAUUUAGUUAUUCCAAGUGAAAUUUUCUCGAAACCAAAAUUCGAAAUUUCCAAAGUUACAAAACCAGAAACAGCCAAAUUUGCAGAUGAAAUCUUUCCAAUGGAAAUCAAAUUUACUUCUCCACAACUUUCUAUUUUGCUUUCUGAGAACAAUUUCUUACAAAAUCUCAGCAAAAUUUCGAUUCCACCUCCAAAAGUUGAUUUAGAUGAAAUUGAUUUCGAUCUAGAUGAAAAUGAACUUGAAUUUGUUGAAGUAAAUCAUCUGAAGAACUUAAACAAAGACAGUGUUUCUAUAUUCUCAAAGAGAGAUAUGAAACUUAGAAAGAAGAUGAACCAUUUAAGAGGAAAUUUGAUGGAAGAUAUUGAUGAUUUCUUCAACAAUGUAAUUCUUAAGAAAUCAAUUGAAACUCUUAAGGAUAUUACAAGCAACAGUGACACACAACUUGUUGUCGAUGAGAUAGAUGAUAAUCUUGAAGACAUGAUUUACGAUAUUACUGAUUCUUUUGUCUUUAACAUGUUUGAAAAAAUCGAAUUCUUUGAACCAGAAAAACCGUCAAAUUCUGUCAAAUUUGAUGAAGAAAUAGUUCAACCAAAGAAAGAGAAAAAUAUUGGUGAAGAAAUAGGAAAUGAUAUAUUAGAUACUGUCUCCAUAAUUUGCUCAAGAAUUGCUAUCCAAUCUGCAAUGAAAAUCAAUUUUCCAUUCACUGAAAUAACCAUCAAACAGGAAGAAGAUCCUGUCAAAGAAUAUCUUGAAGAAGAUUUUGAUUUGUACCUCGAAGGAAUGGUCGGAGAUAUCGUUAUACAAUCCAUGAUAACCGCAAUUGAUUCUUCUCUUGGAUCAAUUGUCAAACCACCUACAAUUCCUCACAUAAGAUGGGUUCUUCCUGAUUGGUGGGAUCCUUACGCAGAACACACAACUUUUACAGAUGAUUAUAGUUUAGACAAUAUUGAAAAACUUGACAAAGAUGACGUGAAUUCAAUUGAUGAAAUAGAAAACAACAGUUUCGAAGAAGAGUUUGAGAUUAUAGAGAAGCCAACAAAACUACAAAAGCAUGAUAGUUUAGAAGAAAUUGAUGAAAAGAAACAUGUAACAUGGAAUCUUCCGGAUUGGUGGAAUCCAAAUGAAGAAAAACCAACUUUUUCGGAAGAAUAUUCUGAUCUUGAUUUCAACAAUAUAGAAAUCGAUCAAGAGAACUUGAUAUCUUCUCCAAAACCACAUGUAAAAUGGAUUCUUCCUGAUUGGUGGGAUCCAAACAAGAAGAAAGAUGUAAAUGACGACGAUGAAUACAGUCAAGAAUUUUUCGAAGCAAUGGAAAGAAUUAAAGAAUUAUCAAAGCAAAGAAGAAAUCAACCGAGAAUGAGAUUGUCAUUGCCUCCUCCACCAAUAGAUCUUUUGGAAGAAGACUUUUACGAAAUGGAAAAGCAAAAAGAGAAGAAAAAGAAGAAACACCAUAAACAUCACAGAAAAAGUGACAGUUUACCCACACCACCCAAAGAAUUUCUUGAAAAUGAAAGCUUUGAGAUGGCUCCAGCACCGCCAUUGCCAGAUAAUAUCUUAGACCAAAGCAAUCCUUCAGUUGACUUGGAUAUUAUUAGUGCAUUUGUUGAGGAUUCGCUGAUUGAUGAGACAAAGAGAGUUGGAACAGGAAUUGUAUUCAACGCAUUGAACUCUAUCAAGAACUUAAAAUCGGAGAGUUCAGAUAUCGAUCCUUUUAAUGUUAGUGAUUUAUAA